GACUGAGGUUCCAGAAAAGGUGACCGAGGCCUUGCUGCUGAGGCUAGUUCAUCUAAUCCCAGUUCAUCCAAUGUUCCACAUAGACCCCGAAUUCACAGUGUUUGGAGACAGUGAUGUUAAAUCACUUCUGAACCACCAGUGGCUGGCAAGUGUUGGUUUGAAUCAGAUUUAAUGUCAUUGAGCCAAAUUAAGACAUGGGAAAGUCUCUUUCUCAUUUGCCUUUGCAUUCAAAUAAAGAAGAUGCUUAUGAUGGAAUCACAUCAACUGAAAAUAUGAGGAAUGGAUUGGUAAAUAAUGAAGUCCAUAAUGAAGAUGGAAGAAAUGGAGAUGUCUCUCAGUUUCCUUAUGUGGAAUUUACAGGAAGAGAUAGUGUCACUUGCCCCACUUGUCAAGGAACAGGAAGAAUUCCUAGGGGGCAAGAAAAUCAACUGGUGGCAUUGAUUCCAUAUAGUGAUCAGAGAUUAAGGCCAAGAAGAACAAAGCUGUAUGUGAUGGCUUCUGUGUUUGUCUGUCUGCUCCUUUCCGGAUUGGCUGUGUUUUUCCUUUUCCCUCGCUCUAUUGAUGUGAAAUACAUUGGUGUAAAAUCAGCAUAUGUCAGUUAUGAUGUUCAGAAGCGUACAAUAUAUUUAAAUAUCACGAACACUCUAAAUAUAACGAACAAUAACUAUUAUUCUGUUGAAGUUGAAAACAUCACUGCUCAAGUUCAGUUUUCAAAAACUGUUAUUGGAAAGGCACGCCUAAACAACAUAACCAAUAUUGGUCCACUUGACAUGAAACAAAUUGAUUACAUGGUACCUACUAUUAUAGCAGAGGAAAUGAGUUAUAUGUAUGAUUUCUGUACACUGGCCUCCAUCAAAGUGCAUAACAUAGUACUCAUGAUGCAAGUUACUGUGACAACAACAUACUUUGGCCAUUCUGAACAGACAUCUCAGGAGAGGUACCAGUAUGUUGACUGUGGAAGGAACACAACUUACCAGUUGGGGCAGUCUGAAUAUCUAAAUGUACUUCAGCCACAUCAAUAAAAACUGCAAAAGAUGCAUGUAGAGAAAAAGUAUCAGUUGAUAUUUUCCAAACUCUCAAAGAGGAGGUGAGGAGAUCUUAAAUUGAACGAACUUGAAGUUUACACUUCAUUUCAACAGUAUGGUUAAAAAUAUAUGGACUUGCAAUUAUUAUAACUCUUCACUCUGUGUUAAUGAUAUAUUUGUACCAGGAUCUUUUACUUAAAUCUAAAUUUACUGAUUGAUUUUUUUCUCUCUGUUUCCAAAGGGAAAAAUUGAGACUUCCCCAAUGGUAGAAUAAAUAAUUAUUUAGAAGUCAUAGCUCCAAUCACUGCUGAAAACAUAAUUUUGGUGAAGAACAUAAUUUGAGAAACUUAAUUUCUGAAUAUUUUUAUAGAAAAUUACUGAGAACCUAUGAUUCUUGGAAGACUUUAAAAAAAAAAAAACCUUUUUGCCCUAUUUUAUAAAUUCCCAUUAUUACAUGGUAGUAUUUCAACUACUUCAUAUUUUAGCUUUUAGCCAAAUGUUUUUAGCUUUUCAUUUGUUGAAAUCCUACUCAUUUGCAUGUGUUUGUCUUAUUUCAAGCUAAUGAUUGCAUAACACUUAUAAACCAAAAUAAUCUUUGCAAAAUUCUGUACCUAAAAUUUUUAAAGGCCCCUAAAUAAUGUGUUUCACAUGUCUUUCCAUAUUAGUUAUAGUUUUGUGAAAUUUUCAUGUGAUCUUUAAACAUAGUUAUUUAAUGUUCAGUAUUGUAAAUAAAUUGUGCAUGGCUUUUUACAGCCUUAAUAAAUGUCAAAGAAAGUGGUACAGAUUCAAAAUUAAAGCCAAGUUGCUCAUAAAAAUAAAUAAUAUAGGAAAAUGAAAUUCAGAAACCUAUAGAAUGUGAAUAGGUGCCAAUUACUUGUUGGAUCUGGCAUAAAAUAGAUUUGAAAUAAAAUAUUUUGACACUCGACUUUUUUUUAAUGUUGCUUUUCCUACUAAAAAGUGGUGUAGACACUUUUCACAACAAUUAGGUACCCAAUUAUCAAUUUUACGAAUGUUUUAGAGGAGGAAAUUAUUUGUUUGAUAGAAAUUAUUCAAAAAUUUUGUCAUUAAAUGACAGUGGGUAUAUCAAUAUAAAACCUGUAUUAUGCUUUUAAAAAUUUCCUGGCUUUCCAGAUCACAUGGAUAUGAUGUCUCUAAGCCAUUACAUAAAUUUUCUGCUUUUGGUUUUAAUUUUAUUUAAAAUUGUUUUCUUUUCAAGUAUAAAUUACUACACUCACUUUGCUGUUUCACGUUUUCAAUACCAUUUUCCAUUUGGUCUUUGCCUUUUCACUUACCUAGUUCUAAGGACCUUUUAAAUACAUACCACUAAGCAUAGGGGUUAUGAUACCAAAAAAAAGUAAGUGGGUUGAAGUUCAUAUCUCUCUGUUUUCUAGUAACAGAAAUCAGGUUUCCUGUCCCCCACCCCCAAGUGCCUGACUUAGGUCUGAAACAUAGUCUAAAUAAUCACUCUGACUCUCAACUAUAAAACAUAAGCUUCAUUUGUUUAAUUCUGCCUUCAAACACAUUCAGGUUUCACCUUAGCUUUCAUGUCAUUUUCAUUUUCCUGAGUGAACAUUUUAAAUAGGUGGAAUGUGCUAACUUUUUUUACUACUUAGUCUUUCCUUAAUCCAUUACCAAGUCAGCCAUCUUAAACCCAAAUCACCUGUUUAAAUUCAUUAUGGACUUUUCUAGUCAAACCCAAUCUUUUCGUGUUUCUUCUGCUGUUUUUUCUGACUAUUCCCAUUCUCCCUGAAACUGUACACGUCUCUAAUGUUGAUUCUGUUUGUAUUUUUCAAAUCAUUCUCAUUUUUCUUCCUUCCCUCAUUUUGACAUGAUCUAUGUUUGUUUAUGCUCUAGGCCCCCUUUUGCCUCAAAAUUUCUAAUUUGUGACUUAAAAAAAUCACCUGUAUCUAUAGUAGGGCUGUUAAAUCUAUUUCUUCAUAUUUGACUGGUCACCUAUCUAGUUUCACAUUUAGCUAGUGAGCUAGAGAUAUAGUAUUUCAGUGACUCUCUAUAUAAAGUUUAAAAAUGUAAAAUAAAUGUUAUUUUAUAUUUUCUGUUUUGUUCCCACUCUGUCUUCAUGUCCCAUUUACUUAAAAAUCACCAUUCACUUUUUCAAUAUUAUCCUUUUAGAUAUGCCUCAUACAAAAAUCAAUCCUCAUUUAUUUUCUUGUUUUAUAGUCUUUUAAUCUUGGAAAAUUACGUAGUGUAAAUUAAACAGAUUCUGAUGAUUUGUGGUUCUUGUAUCCUUUUAGAGUGUGUGUGUAGCAUCUCCUGAAGAGGCAGGAAAUUGACUUAAUUUUGAAUCUUUCUUCAUCCUUUAAAUUAAAAAUUCUUUAUUACAUAUAGUUGCAAUGGAGUUUGAGUCAGAAAAAAAUUAGAAUUUAGAACAAGUAAACUAGUAGAAGAGAAGUAAGGAUUGCCUGUGACUACUUUCAGAGAGAGUUAAAUAAUUGCAGAAUAAGCCUGGAGCAAAACAGGCUAUAAAUUAAUAAAACAUUAAAAACACAUUCAGGUGAAGCAGAAGUAUAGCCAUAAAAAAAUCUGGAAAGAAUGAAUGAGGCAUUGUUUUAGGUCAACGUUGAAUGUGGUUUCUUACAUGGGAAUAGGAUAGGUAUCGCAAUACAUUUUUUUAAAACUAACCUGUCUGUUGAUAUUACAUGUAUGGCAUGUUGGCUAUUUUCAGAGCUCUUUAGUAUGUUUUUCUUCCAUGAUUUCUAGGCCCCCCUUUGCCUCAAAAUUUCUAAUUUGUGACUUAAAAAAAUCAACUAUAUCUAUAGUAGGGCUUCUAAAUCUAUUUCUCCAUAUUUGACUAGUCACCUAUCUCAUUUCACAUUUAGAAAUGUGAGUGGAACAAAAGAGGGUGAUAGGAUCCUCAUCUUUUAAAAGGGGAAGGAGAAGCAUGGAGUCGUUGAGGGAUUUGCUGAAGAUCACAUAUUUAGUAAAUAGUUUAACUGGAGCCAGACCUAGUCUUUCUGUCUCCCUUAUCUGUGUGCUCUGUCAUUUAAAAUAUCCAUUGGAAAGUUCUGCUGACUCAGCUUAGUAUGACUGAAAAUUAGAGGAAAAGCUCACAUAGUUAAUAACAACAAUCAAAACAAUACUAAUGGUCUAAGAUUGUGGUAACUUUAACUUACUAUCUGAAAUAUUUUAAAUGGGGAAUGAACACUUGUAAAAUACUUUGAGCAUUAUCUAUAGCUUAAUUUUUCCUUUAAAAUUUAGUACCCCUUAAUUAUUCCAAUAAAGAUAAAACUGAUAUUUUGUCAGUAAAUCAUUUAUAAAAAAUAAAGAAUUAAUGUAUUUUAGAUUUGAAAUAAGAAUAGUAUGAAAUUAUUAGAUACCAGAUAAAUUGCUUGAAAUUGUUAAAUGACCAUCUUUACUGUAGUAUGUAACAUUUAAAUGACUGUAGUUUUGUGUAUAGUUUGACUUUGUUUGUUUAGGCCAGUAAGGUAAUUAUUUUCUCUAAAAAAAAUCAUGACGAGAAAAUAUAACUCACUUCAGAUCUUCUGAUUUAUAGUAUGGAAAUGACACGGCACAGUGUUAAAAUAGGUAGGAGGUGACUGUCAAAACAAUAAAGGUAAUAUAUUAGGAGACUUGAAACUUUAGCUUAAUGAAUCCUUUGUGGUUCUUAGCCUUAUUCUUGCAGUAUAAUUCUGGAUAUUUCAUUAGGGGGAAUGUCCCCAACUCUCCCCCAUUUUGUUUGUUUGUUUUAAAGUUCUUCAAAUAAACAGUUAUUUAUAUAAUGAUUAUAUCUUAUUUAAGAGAAUAGUUUCAGUUAGCUACUUUUUAAAAGAGGUAAGUUUUAAAAUUUACAAAUAAGUUUUUAAAUUUACAUACCAGUCUUCUUUGAUAAGCAAUAUGAAUUGAAUUUCAACUCAUUAGGUUACAAGCAAAAGAUUACUUACCAAAAUGUCAUCAGGAAAUGAUUUUUAAGCUCACAACAUGUGGAAGCAGCAACUACUUGGCUCAAGUACAUCUAAAUUAAUUAGUUUUAUUUAUUUUUAGUAAAUCAGAUUUUAAAUGUGAUGUUUAUCUAACAACUUUAUUUUAAGGAAAAAAAUAUGUGUUUGAAAUGGUGGGGUUAAAAAAAAGACUUAAAUAUCAUUUCACUAAAAAGUUUAUUUUUACAUUAAAACAAAAUAUAUUUGUGAUGUGCUUGGAUAAAAAAUUUAACUUCUAUAUCCCAGAUUUACUUAUUUCAGAGUAAAAAUUUUUUACAUGUCAGCGAAAUUCUGAUUAGAACUAACAUUUGUGUAUUUUUGUGCAUAGAAUAUAAAUUUCACAGUGGAUUUUGGAAAUUUAUCCUUAAUUUAGAUAAAAUUAAGUGAUAAAAAGUUACUAUAGGGAUAAAAAUGAUUUCCAUGUUUUAAACUGCUAAUGUGCUUAUGUUUAUAAUUCUUUUUACACGGGCUCUAAAUUGAAGAAUAUAGUAUGGUCUAUAUUUGACCCUAAAAUGUUCCAUAAAUUAACAAAUAUAGGGCAAGUUUUUCAUAGCUAAAUUUAACUCUUCUAGAAGGAAGUUGUUGCCUUUUGUUUGAUUACAUUAAUUGAAAUGUGUCUAAGAGAAAUGUUUCCAGCAUAUUUUGUAUACUAAAAAACAAAAAGGAUUAGUAUUGGGCCAAUGGCCAAAAGGUAAUAUUACUACCAUGUAGAAUUACAGUUCAAAUUGUCCUGCUUCCCCCAGAAUUUUAGAAACUAGAAGUCUGGGAGAUACUGUAUCAGCUGUAGUUGGAUGACUCUUAGUGCUCUAAGUACAAUUCAUCUUUUAUUUUUAAUUAUUGUGUAAGAUCAAACAAAUGCCAAGUUGCAGUAGGUGCAGAAUUUCAUUAUACAACAGUUAGCUUUAGGCAUAAAAUAUCAGCAAGCAUUCCCUUGUGUGUUUUGUCUUAUAUUUGUCUUUAAAAUUAACUAAAAUGAUUUUGGAAAAUGGUUUUUAUGUUUGCUCCCAUGGCUCACUUGAUCGGAUAUUUGAAUGAUGAUAUUACUAAAUUCUAAUCCCUGAUUGUGGAAUAAAGACUAAUAUAGUAUGUGAGAAUAUGUUUGGGUACUUACUCUGUUUAUAUUAUGUGGUAGCUUUUAUCAUGACACAUUUUUUAAACUUACAAAUUGAGCAGUUCUGUAAUUAUAACUAUUAUUGCUGUCUGUGUCACAAAAUAUGCUAUGACAGUAGCAAAUGAAUAGAAAUGCCCCUAAAUGUUAUUUUUUAAAUUCAGUUGUAACUGUUGCUCUUGUAAUGGUGUAUGAUGAAAUAAAAUUUGUAAAAAUUUUAGCAUGAAAAAUAAAAUUUGUAUCAGUCAAGUA